AUGGUGGUCCUCCCCUCCACCCCCCAGAACGGCUUGCACAAGCAUUUCCAGGAUAGCGUAUUCCAGAACCCACAUCUUCCGGCUUCGAAUAUCAUCGAAUGGAUAGCAUCCCGGUCCUCCGCCAGCUCUGCGGUCUACAUCUAUGAUGUUUCCGAACAGCUUGGUUUUGGGCCGUUGACGAAACAGCUUGCCGACACCUACAGCAGUUCCGCAACAGUUCUGGAGAUGCAGACGCGGCCUGGGGCUGGUCUUAACUUGGUUGGAAGGUUAUCCGAAGGGACGAGCCAAGCGGCGGCAAAGGGAUCCGUGCUCACUGCGUACACCACGCCGACUGGGUUGGCUGCGAUGGCUAUGGCACUUUCGAAGCUGCCAGCCGCUCGUCCUACCAGUAGACUCGUUAUCCAGGUAGCGAAUGUCACCCCUGUUGGGGAUUCUUACACGCUCUUGCCCUCCCUCGCGUCUCUAUCCAACACUCUUCCAUCGCUGCCCAAGGACAUCGUCGUUCUUGCUUCCGCUACUCCCCAAGAAGCCGUUGACUUCACGACAUUAGCCUAUGAACUCAAGGACAAGCACGUCAUCCAUAUCUUCGAUCACUAUAGUACCUGCCGCGAAAUAGGCCAUUCUGUUGUGGGACCGAAGACCUUUCAUGCUAAAGGAAAGUUGCGGGACGUAUUGAUUGGUGCAGGGUAUGAUUUAUUCGAAUACCACGGAGAUGCCAGUGCACGCGCCGUCAUUGUUGCAAUUAACGGCCCACUGGCUCUGCUUGCCAAAGCAUACGUGAAGACCGCCAGUGGACUGGGUUUGGUGGUGGUUAAGGCUCUUCGCCCUUGGGACGAUUCGGCGUUCCGUAGCUUGCUCCCAUCCACCACCCAGAAGGUCCAUGUACUCGACGAAGUUCCCUCUCUAGGCAUGCGAGGUGUCUUGUUCUCAGACGUCUUCAGUAGCCUCGUAGCCAUCCCGGACUCACCAUCCGUUCAUUCUCACCCCGUUGUUCCUAGCCAAUUACAAACAUACCUAUCUCACAAGGACGCGUUCUCGAGUCUCAUAGCCUUCGUCGCGCCAACGAAGUCUAAUCCACCCUUCAGUAUAGAACCUCCUACCACGAAGAAACUCCUGAUCUUUAGCUCCCCGAAGUCCUCAUUUGGAUCGCUUUCCCAGCUCAUUGAAGAUCUAUUCCUGAAGACCAAGAACAUCGCUGCUCGCAUGCUCACCGAUCAUGAUGUGCUCUCACUGCAGGGCGGAUUGACCAUCGAUCGUGUCGUGCUAGCACCGGGUGCGGAAGUAGAUAGCUUACUCCCAGUACCUAUCUCUCUUCCUCUUGGGAGUGCUGCAGGAGGGGAUGCAGACUUUUUGGCAAUUUUCGAUCAUAGCGCUUUGAAAACUCACUCCCUUCUCAAAUACGCCAAAGCUCAUUCCACCGUCCUCAUCGUUGCGCCGUGGACUGCCUCCGAAGUACCCUCUAAUCUCCCAGCAGAGACGCUUGAAAUCAUCAGUGUCCGAAAACUGCGAGUGUUUUUGUUCAAUGCCAAGUCCCUGGCGGCUCGAUCGACCAACGUUUCUGGUCCUUCGAACGAGACUAUUCAGAAUGUCUUGGUCUAUCUGGCCUUCCUACGGCUUUACUUGGGCAAAGCAGCGAACGAAGCUUUAGUGAACAAGCUCGCAAGGGUAGUGUUCGACGAGUCCAUACCCGGAGCGCAGCUAUCUGUAGUGAACUCUAUUGCUUGGUCUGGCAUGGAAGAGGUCAUUCUUGGGUCGCUCCCUACUCCAUCGGACGCUGAAGGACGGACGCCGCUUAAAAGUGUCAAUUUCAAUGCUAUUUUGACUGAAUCCGACGACGUAGAGUCCUCGAUCACCAGGCCGAGUUUGGACACCUGGCAUAGCGCUGCGAAGCACCUUGUGUUCCCCGAGGUGUACACCCCGAGCCCGUCACAAACGGACGAACAAUAUCCGCAGAACCCCGCUCUUCGUCCUGAACUUCCCGAUCGCACCUAUCUCGUCACCUGCACGGCAAACGUCCGCCUCACUCCCGUGGAAUACGAUCGCAACGUCUUCCACCUCGAGUUCGAUACGUCUGGUACCGGGCUCACCUAUGCAAUUGGUGAGGCUUUGGGCGUGCAUGGGUGGAAUGACGCGCAAGAGGUCCUUGAUUUCUGCGCGUGGUACGGUGUCGAUCCGGACCGCCUCAUCACUAUUCCGCUGCCCAGCAGUGAGAGCGGCGAUAUGCACACUCGGAGCAUCUUCCAGGCGCUUCAACAACAAAUAGAUCUAUUCGGACAUCCACCUAAAUCCUUCUACUCCGACUUAGCAGCGUACGCCACGAAUACCGUAGACAAGCAUUCUCUGCAGUUUAUUGGUUCCCCGGAAGGUUCAGCUACGUACAAGAAGCUAUCAGAGAAGGAUACAGUCCAUUUCGUAGAUGUGUUGAAGAAGUACCCCAGCGCUCGCCCAGGCAUAGAGAUAUUGUGCACUCUGAUCGGUGAUAUCAAGGCGAGGCACUACAGUAUCGCUAGCUCUCAAGCCGUAGUUGGAAACCGUGUCGACCUGCUUGUUGUGACCGUUGACUGGGUGACACCUAGUGGUGCUCCGCGAUACGGGCAGUGUACACGCUAUUUGGCCGGCCUGAAAGUAGGACAGAAGGUCACCGUGUCCAUCAAACCAAGCGUAAUGAAGCUCCCACCUAGCAAUAAACAACCUGUCAUCAUGGCUGGGCUUGGAACUGGUGCUGCGCCGUUCCGCGCUUUCCUUCAAUAUCGCGCAUGGCUCGCUCAAAAGGGAGAAGAGGUCGGACCAACGUACUAUUAUUUCGGUUCCCGUCAUCAGUCGCAGGAGUAUCUCUACGGCGAAGAAAUCGAAGCCUACAUUCUGGAUGGAACGAUAACACGGGCUGGGUUAGCAUUCUCCCGCGACGGUCCGAAGAAGGUUUAUAUUCAACAUAAGAUGUUGGAGGAUGCGGAACAGUUGGCGAGGAUGCUUAGGGAGGAGAAAGGGGCGUUCUACCUGUGUGGACCGACGUGGCCAGUGCCCGAUGUGUAUGAGGCACUUGUUGGUGCCUUGGUCAAGUACAACGGUAUGAGCGCAGAAGAAGCUGGCGAAUACCUGGAGAGCCUCAAAGAAGAGGAACGAUACGUCCUAGAGGUGUACUAA